GGAGCAGUGACAAUGAACUCGUCCAGCCUCGUUGUCGCGAGCUCAUUUUUCUCGAUAGCGCUUCUUGAAUGGCUUCAGGAGCUAAUACCUCCAGGGUGCUGGUCCUAAUGCCGGGACUAUCUCUCUCGAUCCGGCCCCAGAAUAGUCGGGGAGGGUCGUUCAUCGAGCCGCUCUCCUCGCUGAACUUCUCAAGCCAAUCCCUCCAGAGCGGAUGCACACCAAGAAGAAACUGACUGACGUUCAAGACUCCAAGCAUGUUGAACUUAUCCUUAUCUUUGAGGAGGGGACACGACAUUCUACCGAUGCUCUGAUUGGCGCCGAUAGCAUAUUCGGUUUUGUGCGUUCUCACGUGCUGGGGACGGAUCAUCCUGCGCUUAAACCUCAAUUUGCCGGUUUCUGGGACUGUAGAUUCCUCGUGUCGAUCGAGAAAGCAAGAGAAUUAAUUGGCCAAUAUCUUAAGGAGGGGGAGGAGAGACAAUACGGAUGGGUUGGCGACGGCGCCUUUUUCUUGCACGACAUACUAGACAAUGGGAAACUGUGCAAGGCGUCGCUAGCGGACUCGUGAACGGAGAGUGGGACAAGGACCAAUGGAG